AGAUUCCACAUAAUGUCACUGUGCAGUCCAUGAAUGUCUAAACAGACAUUUGCAAAGUCUCUUUUGACAUCGCAUAAUGGAGAAGUACUUGCUUGAACUGACCAUGAGUUACUAGUUAUGUGGCUCGACAGCACAAACUGCGAAGAUGUUUUGCAUCCCCUUUAAUCGACGGAAGAAAAAACGUCAAACGGAUGCAUGUCGAGCUGAUAAAAUCUCUUCUCUGCAGAACAGGUUGGAGACAAAUGCACCAUUUCCCAAAACCUCCUGGUGGCUCUGUGUUCCUUAUAAGAAGAAAAAGAAAAAAAGGGCCCAUUUCAAGCAAGAGAUCCAGUUUUCAAUUUCUCCAGAAUCAGUGUCAGAAAAGAGCUCCAGCAUACAGUUACAAGCUACAGAGGAUAGUUUUGGGUACUGGGUUUCUCCUUCUUCUGACAGUCCUGUCUCUACUUAUAAUGAAGACGACUCUACAGAUUCAGUCCAAUCAGUCUUCACCAAAACAAUAACAAAAUCCAUUGAGGAACUGAAACAUAGUGAAGAUGAGGAUCUGGAUGGUUACACAGAAAGAGACAUCCACACUGCAAAACAAGAACACCAAGACAAAGUCAGGAAAGUACCAAAACAUGGCUUUAGGAGAAAGGCACGUCCUUCUAGAAUAUCAAGAGAAACCAAGACUGACACACCGAGAUCCUCUUCAAUUGAGAGCAUAGAAGCGAGACUUCCUCUGCCUUCCCCUACAUCCGAAACAGAUGUCUCAGUUACUGAGGUUAAUGAAAUUCAGCCAACAAUCUCACCUGAGUUCAACAUUGCUACCCCUGCAUCCUAUAGCAAUGACAGCAUGAAUUUAUAUUUAAAGAUCAGCGAUAUUGCACCAGAUGAGGAUUUGGACUGCCUUGGGUUACCCAACUUGGGACUGACUUGCUACAUCAACUCUAUCCUACAGAGCCUUCUCACCCUGAGAUGCUUCGUUGAAGAGCUCCACAACCAGCAACCUGUGUGGAGCUCUCAACCCAAAGCCGGCCUCUUCAGAGUAAUUCUGGAUGCUGAAAUCUCCUGCUUCUCCAACAUAAAAGAGGAGAAAAAGGCGGUUCUGUCCCUCUUUAAAAAGACCGUCGCUGAGUUUAAUUCAAGUUUUGACGAUGACGGACAGAAAGAUGCCUCCGAGUUCCUCAUCUGUGUUCUGGACAUGAUGAGGUCCCUGUCACCAGAAAUGCAUCUGAGAGCGUCUGACUUGGGCUUGACCUACAAAUGCCCAGUCGCUGAACACAUUGCACUGCAGAUGAUGAGCACCAGAACCUGCAUGGGAUGCGGUGAUCGGUCUCAGUCAGUGGAAGACUUUGUCAGCCUCAGUCUGGAUCUGGUUCCACGGGGAUCAGUGUUCCAGUGUCUACAGGAGUACCUUGGGGAGGGCCAUUUAGAACACAUGUGCCAUUGUGGAGUGAUGGACUCAACACUGAAGAGCUCAUUCCUCACUCUUCCAAACGUGCUGAUCCUGCACCUGAAGCGCUUUAAAUUCAGCAGGUCUUCUGCAGUGAAGAAGAUAAAAAAGCCCAUCACUCUGACGAAAGAACUUGUGGUGAGAGAAGAAUUCACAGCCACAAGACAUACAGCGACUUAUUAUUUAUUGGUGAGCAUCGUCAGCCACAUAGGGUCCAGAGCUGACAGCGGCCACUAUGUCUGCGACGGCAUUCACAGGAGGCAGAAUAUGGACAUCGGAGACGACUCUUGGCUGAUGUACGAUGAUGAGCAUGUCAGCCCGACAACAGGUGAAGAGGUCUGCUGGUGGCGGGAGCGAAACGCCUUCCUGCUCUUCUAUGAAAAGCAACCUUUGGAGAGAAAAAAAGGGCGAUGACCAGUGCUGCAAUGAUCCUGGCAGCAACUCCUGUAUUCUUUUAAUACUAUUAAACUGCAUCUUAAGUACCCACAAUGUG